UGAAUCGCGUGCUCCGCCGGACCUCGGCAUAGCCGCUCGGUCCGCUUCAUAGCCGCGAGGAGGGCUCCACGACGGAGACCAGUGCGGGCGGGUGGGCGGUCCUGCCCCCGCACUGAGCGGAUCGCUGCUCCCAAAUCGCAGACCUCAGGGCGGGCGUUGCUUCCCCGCCUCCCCGGCGCAGCGCAGGAUGUUGGACUCGCAGGCCGUCGCCGGGGGCGAGUCGCCCGCCGAGCUGCUGUUCCGCGCGGCGGCGAUGGUGCCCGCGGAGCGCUACGCGCUCGCCGCCAUCGCCGUCGUGUCGGUCUUCCUGUACCGCUUCCUCGAGCUCCACGUCGUCGGCGACGUCCUCCGCGGCUUUCGGGGCGGCCGCGUCGAGCUCACUUUCCACCCGGCCUCGGAGAUCUACCACCGCGUCGCGUCCAAGUGCCGCUCCCUCCACGGCAGGUACCUGGCGACACCAUGGCUGGCAAGCCCGCAUCUGCAGACAUUGUUCCUUGGCAUCUCUGGGAGGCCUCCGUCAUUCACGUAUAAGAGACAGUUGUACACAGUCCGUGAUGGUGGAACCAUUGCUCUGGAUUGGCUUCUGGCCUCUGACCUGGAAGAUGCAGACGGUUUCAUUUCUAAAGAUGAUUCAACACCCCUUGUAGUUGUGGUUCCUGGAUUAACUAGUGAUUCUGCUGCUGCUUAUGUAAAACACUUGGUUUAUUCUAUAGCAAGCAAAGGAUGGAAUGUUGUCGUAAGCAACCACAGAGGUCUUGGUGGUGUGUCCAUUACUUCAGAUUGCUUCUACAAUGGCGGUUGGACUGAAGAUGUCCGAGAGGUCAUUAAAUACCUCCAUCACAGAUACCCAAAGACCCCACUGUUCUGCAUUGGUACAAGCAUAGGUGCCAAUAUUGUGGUCAAAUAUCUUGGAGAAGAAGGCGAAAAUACUCCCGUGGCUGGAGCAGCGUCUAUUUGUUCUCCAUGGGAUCUGUUGAUAGGUGACAGAUUUAUUUCCCGCAAGCUUGUGCAACGUAUUUAUGACAAAGCACUUGCAAUUGGUCUGAAGGGCUAUGCAAAGCUACAUCAACCUGUCUUGGCCCGACUUGCAAACUGGGAAGGUAUUAAAAAGUCACGAUCUAUCCGGGAAUUCGACCACCAUGCUACCUGCGUUGUUGCAAGCUAUGAGACGGUGGAUACCUACUACCGCCGGUGCAGCAGUGCUAGUUUCGUUGGAAAUGUGUCAGUUCCCUUGCUUUGUAUCAACGCUUUGGAUGAUCCCCUUUGCACAAGGGAGGCUAUCCCUUGGGAUGAAUGCAGGGCCAAUAAGAACAUUGUUUUGGCAACUACUCCAAAUGGUGGCCAUCUUGCAUUCUUUCAAGGACUAACUGCUGGAAGAUUAUGGUGGGUUGGAGCUGCUUCUGAGUUCCUUUUUGCUCUUCAUGAAAGCUCCUACAUGCAUUGGCAGAAGGCAAAUGAUCAUGUUUUGCACUCUUCUUUGGAAUCAUCUAUUGAUAAGAGCCCAUAUGUUAAUAUCAUGGAAGAUGGAAUGGUAGCUCCAGUAACAAAAGACGGCCCUAGCAAUAAUGAUGGCUCACCUUCCGACCAUGAGGUUGAUGGAGUACAGUUAAGUAACGGGGCGGGUGAUAGACAACAGUUAGAAGUAUCUGGCGACAAACACAAUGAACACGUCAGUGAAGCAGGGAACGAAAGCCCUGCUGGUUCUGCAAAUCGACAAGGAGAUGACAUCUACAGUAAUAAGCUUCAUGAGAUAAUUGCUCCCGUCAAGAGAUCCAUAAACCAACUGACACGGCACCAAGGGAGGUCAAUCUGGUUGCUUGCCUACAUUGCUUUUGUAACAUCAUGGCCGCUCCUCGGCUCCCUAGCAUUUAUCACCUUUCGGAAAAAGUUCAGAAAUCCGUUGCGAGCUAAAUGACUAACAGGAUAAAUAAACCCUACUUGUAUUUAUUUCGACAUCAUGCAAAACAUUAGAAACCUGAAGGCCUGUACAUCCAUUUGAUUUCUUCAGUUACACCUAUAUGCCCAGGAUAUAAGCUGUCCUGCUCAUGGUACAUGUACACAUCCAAAUAAUUCAAAGAAAAGCUUGUAUUCAUAUGCUCAUUGGAAU